AUCACGAGUCUGUGUGAUGUGUUCCAGUGACCCCUCUAUCUAUCAUUCCAUUCUCCUUUCUAAUUCCAAAGCAAGAACCAAGCGCCCCCUCACAGUGGUCAGCCAGAUGGGAGUCAUUACCCUCUUAUUCCCAUUGUGGGAGUACAAAACCUCCCAACCAAACGGUGGCUAAUAAAUAAAUUGAGUCACGUGGUGUGCACGGGGACCGAGAACGACGGAAAUGGUCUUGGAAACGAAACCACCGGUUCCUUUUCUAUUAGUUAGAAGAUAAGUAAAUCACAAGUCCAAAUAAUUGCCGCCGUCUCCAUCUCUCCUUCCAUCAAUUCCAACAAUGGACUCAACCCCAUCAACCGAGGUGCUUCACGACCACCAUCCCUACUUUCGUGUAUACAAGGAUGGCCGGAUCGAGAGAUUUAAAGAGUUCCCCUACACCCCUCCGUCAGAGGAUCCCCAAACAGGCGUCAAAUCCAAAGAUAUCCUUAUUCCACCUGAGAAUAACGUUUCAGUCCGCCUUUACCUUCCCAGAACCACCACUCCUGAUGAAAAGCUUCCCAUCAUAAUCUACAUCCACGGAGGUGCUUUUGUGAUUGAAUCAGCAUUUUCUCGUGUAUACCAUCCCUACCUUAACUCCCUAGCAGCUGAAGCCAAGGCGAUUGCUGUUUCCAUCGAGUACAGACUAGCCCCGGAGCAUCCUUUCCCCGCAUGCUAUGAUGAUUCUUGGAUAGCAUUCGAAUGGGUUCUUGCACAUGCUAGUUCUGCACAGGGUCCUGAAGCGUGGAUCAGUAACCAUGCCGAUUUUGCUAGAAUCUUUUUGGCAGGUGAUAGUGCUGGAGCUAAUAUUGCACAUGACGUAAUGGUCAGGGCCAGUGAAAAAAUUGGACCAGGGGAUGAAGUAAAAAUCGCGGGGAUGAUUUUGGUCCAUCCCUAUUUUGGUGAUGGUAAGCCUGAUAAGCUUGAUAAGCUUUUCUCCCUCAUAGCCCCAGAUAGCAGCAUCUGUGAUGAUCCCAGGUUGCAUCCUAUGGCGCAUCCUGAUCUGUUGUCGAGGCUUGUUUGCAAAAGGGUCCUGGUCUUGACAGCGGAGAAGGAUUUCGUAAGAGAGAGAAGUUUGCUUUACUACUGCGCAUUGAAGAAAAGUAGAUGGGAUGGAGAAUUGGAAAUGAUGGAGACUGAAGAGGAGGGACAUUGCUUUCAUCUGCCUAACCCAACUUCUGAGCGUGCCAGGGUUUUGAUGAAACGAAUUGUUACGUUUAUCAAUCAGGACUCCUCGUAAAGGAUCCCCCACCAAGAGAUCUAUUUUCAAUCAUUGAAGAAAAUAAAAAGGAUGAGAUAGAAGCUAUAGCUCUCCCUCCUUUAGUAGAAGUUUAAGAGAUUUUGCCGAACUCCAACUCCAAUUUCAUAACUUUUGUCUCACUUUCUGUAAUGUUCUUGUAGUAGAAAUUUCUUCUAUUAUUUUACUUUUUUUUCAUA